AUGGACGAGGUCCAAACCGUGCUAGAACAUUUCCGGGUGCUUCCGAGCUCCAGUCGUCGGGAACUCUACCAUGGAAUCCUAGGCCAAUUACGUCGCAAUGAAUGGCGGCAGAUUAAAGAACGUGCCGAUGAAAUAACUUUCAGUUGUGACAUUUUGGGCAGUCUGCCCAUCGAGAUUGUUUCGUUAGUUGCUGCUCAUAUGAACUUGGCCGAUCUGGUCGUAUCGCGACGAUGGAAGGAGACUCUAUCUUCCCCUGCAGUACAACUUUCUGCCAUUCGAUCAGUCAUGGGACACAAAUCAGCAGCACAGAUUGGUGACCAUUCUUCUCCUGUCCAGCUUAUCAAAAAAAGAGUUCGCAUGGAACGAGGUCAGCCCACGUCAAAAUUCAAACUACGCUCACCCUUUUCAGAGGAAUACGAUGAGUGGAUGGUAUCGGGUGGUGCGGGGUACUUCAAUGAUAUCUAUGCAUGGCUAGAUGGCUCAUCGGGUCGAACAUCCAUCUCACUUUUAAAUCUUCGAACCGGAGUGAGAAAUCAGGUAACGACGGAGAAUCGAGAAAAGUUGUCAGAGCUUAAUAUAUCGGAGAAACUUGUUGCGGCAAUCUCAAUGCGAGGGUAUUGCCAUGUUUGGGAUCUCGAAACUCUUGAACACAAGGCUUUCCGAUUGCCAUCACGUUCCUACACACGUUUUUUGAUAAGUGGAAUUCAGAUUCUGAUUGCUUUUGGGGAUCAGCUUGUCCACUGGGGGUUUCACUCUGAAACCGCUCGCACACUCAAUGUCGGCCCUAGCGUCGCCUUACUGGCAUUGGACCCUGCCAAAGACGAGUUUACAGUUGCUUCACUGACUGACAGCUCCAGGGGUAUCCCUGAGUUUCCCCAAUGGAGAAAUUCUUGCGGCAGUCGACUCCAGCUGCGCAUCGAGAAAUACACCAUUGGCACUUCCAACGACUUCCACCUCCUGUAUACUAAAUACCAAUACCUUCCUUUUGAAGCCGCCUUCGAGUGGACAUGGUCCCUCAGUGAGGGACUUGAGCACAUAGCCCGUGACCAGAGCAGCGUUAUCUUGAACAGAUGUCGAAUCAUAAGGGCGAACGAUGACACGCCUCUUAGCGGACUCAAUCAAGAGGAAUAUGUGGUCUACUUUUCAAUCGAUAUGACUGAAGACCAUAUUGACGUGCACGUGGCCCCUGCCGACGCAAAUUUUACAGACCAAGGUCUGAUCUAUACAUUCCGAAAUAUGGACCCCUUGAGUAUAAAAAUUUGUACUGCAACGCCCAAGGGGAGCCUGCAGUAUUAUCCAGUCCGGCGCAAGAUACUAGAUAUGAAGUAUCAAUGGGUUCAUGGGGACAAAAACUUUGUGGUCUUCGUUGGCAUGGAGGAUGUCGAAGUUUGGAGCUUUGACGAAACUUGGCAACCAGCCGAGAUACACGAGGCUUAUUGA